CCCCGCCCACCCCCGCCGCGAGGCGCUUCCGGUGUCUCUUAAAGGGGCCGCGAUGGGCGCGGGGCGGGCGCCGCCGCCGCCGCUCUUCCUCUUCCUCCUCCUCCUCGUCCUCGCCGCCGGCGCCGCCGCGCGAUGGGUGGCGACCCCCGAGACGGUGCGCCCGCGGCUGCUCCGGGAGCAGGUGCUGUGGGUGAGCGGGGGGGGCGCGGGCGGGGGUCCCCCCUUUUCCCGGGGGGGCUCCCCCGUUCCCCCCGGCCCGGGGGGGGGUCCACACCUUCCGGGUGCCGCUGCUGGCCGCCCCCCCGGGGGGGCCCUGCUGGCCUGCGCCGAGGGCCGCAAGCGCUCGGCCGCCGACGUGGGCGCCAAAAUCAUCGCGUGCCGCCGGUCCCCCGACAGAGGUGCCACCUGGGGUCCCACGCAGGUGGUGGCCGAUGACGGCUGGGGGGGGGAUGGGCUGAGUCUGGGGGCGCUGGCGGUGGCCGGGGGGGGGGAGGUGCUGCUGCUCUUCGCCCGCUGCGCCCACCCCCCCCAGGCCUGCGGCCCCCCCAGCACCCUCCUGCUGCGCUCCCCGGACGGGGGGCGCUCCUGGGGACCCCCCCAGAACCUCUCCGACGUCGUGGGGGGGGAGGUGUUCGCCCCCGGGCCCGGCUCGGGCAUCCAGAAGCAGCUGCCCCCGUUCCCAGGCCGGCUGGUGUUCUGUGGGCACGGCACCCUGGAAAGCAGCUGCCCCGUUCCCGGGCCGGCUGGUGUUCUGUGGGCACGGCACCCUGGAGCGGACGGGGUCUCGCUGCUGCUCAGCGAUGACGGGGGGCACAGCUGGCACCGGGGGGGGGUCCUGCCCGCCAUCCCCCUUCGGGGCCCCCCGGCGCCCCCCACGACUUCACCCCCCGACGAGUGCCAGCCCUUCGAGCUGCCCGACGGCUCCAUCGCCGUGAGCAUCCGCAACCAGGGCUCGUACCGCUGCCGCUGCCGCAUGCGCGCCCGCAGCUGGGACGGCGGCGAGUCCCUGUCCCCCGCCAGCGUCACCCUGGAGCCGCAGCUGCCCGACCCCGCCGUGGCCGCCGGCGCCCUGGCGCUGCCCCAGCACGGGCUGGUGCUCUUCAGCAACCCGGCCCACGAGACGGAGCGCGUGAACCUGACGCUGCGCUGGAGCUUCGACAACGGCACCACGUGGUGGGGGCGGGGCCUGCGCGUGUGGGACGGGCCCAGCGGGUACUCGGUGUUGGCGGCCCCGCCCCCCGAAGAAGAAGACCCCGCCCCUUUGGUGUACCUCAUCUACGAGAAGGGGCGGAGCCUCUCCACCGAGACCGUCUCAUUGGCCACCAUCAGCCUGUCGGGCGACCUCUGACCCCUUCCCUCGGGCGCGCAAUAAAGCGAUUGGUUCAGA